GAGCAACGUUUGCCAAGCAAAACUCAGCGUCAGUCUCAUCCUAGGCAGGGCGACAGGUUCCGUCUGCUCAGUUCAUCUCUCCAACCGCUUAUUAUCCCAAACGAUUGUUUUGCCCUGGAAUGGACCACAUCUUCAAUUUCAUUUGACGUAAUUAUUGUUGUGUUCUAGAAAAUCGAAGAAACGGUGAAAGACCCACAGUUUGCCUGUUCUUUGAAGCAGGCAGUUUCUGCCAAGUACAUAAGGAGCAAUCCUAUGCUAGACCGGACAGGAAAAAAGACCCACAACUCCCAGCAUCUCUCAGCGAACGUCCCUCUUCUUCCCGAAGUUUCUAAAGGUUCCUUAUGAGCACCGUUGUGUGAGAGCAAGAUCCUGCGAGAUGCCCAACGCUGCUGCCCACCUGCCCUUCUACUACGGAAGCAUUUCCCGCGCAGAUGCAGAGGAGUACCUCAAACUGGCCGGGAUGGCCGAUGGGCUGUUUCUGCUCCGCCAGUGCUUCCGGAACCUGGGCGGGUAUGUUCUCUCAGUGGUGCACAAGCUGCAAUUUUACCACUAUCCCAUCGAGCGCCAGAUGAACGGCACCUACGCCAUCGCCGGCGGGAAGGCGCACUGCGGCCCCGAGGAGCUCUGUGAAUUUUAUUCCAAGGAUGCUGACGGACUUUGCUGCCUGCUCCGCAAGCCGUGCAACCGCCCCAGCAGCGUGGAGCCCCAGCUGGGAAUCUUCGACAACAUCCGGGAGAACAUGGUGCGCGAAUACAUCCGGCAGACAUGGAACCUGGAGGGAGAAAACCUGGAACUUGCCUUCAUAAACCAAGCUCCCCAGGUGGAGAAACUGCUUGCCACCACAGCCCACGAGAAGCAAAUUUGGUACCAUGGCUCCAUCACCCGGGAGCAAGCCGAAAGCCGGCUCUAUUCUGGAGCACAGCCUGACGGGAAAUUCUUGAUGCGGCAGAAGAGAGAGAAAGGCAUGUAUGCGCUGUCCCUUAUCUACGGGAAGACGGUGUAUCACUACCGGAUAAAGCAGGACAAAGCAGGGAAAUACUCUGUGGAAGACGGGACCAAGUUUGAUACACUCUGGCAGAUGGUAGAGUACCUCAAACUCAAACGGGAUGGCCUGAUCCAUUAUCUGAAAGAAAGUGCUCCCAAUCCAGACAUGGCAACGGCUGCCAUGGCACCGGCCCUACCAGCACACCCAUCCGGGGUGGCCAAUAAGAGACUCACACCUCAAAACUCUGAAAGAUACGCUCCUGAACCCAUAGGGGCCAGGAUCUUACCCAUGGACACGUCAUGCUACGAGAGUCCUUACAGUGAUCCGGAAGAGCUGAAGGAGCGGAAGCUGUUUCUGAAGAGGAGCAACCUCAUGGUUGACGAGGUGGAGCUGGGCUCAGGCAACUUUGGCUGUGUCAGGAAAGGAGUUUACAAAAUGAAGAAGAAGCAAAUUGACGUGGCCAUCAAGAUGCUGAAAAGUGGCAAUGAGAGGACUGAAAGGGAUGAUAUGAUGAAGGAGGCACAGAUCAUGCACCAGCUCGACAACCCGUAUAUUGUCCGCGUGAUUGGCGUCUGCGAGGCAGAGGCCCUCAUGCUGGUGAUGGAGAUGGCGUCUGGUGGACCACUCAACAAAUUCUUGUCUUCCAAGAGGGAUGAAAUUACGGUGAGCAACGUGGUUGAGCUCAUGCACCAGGUAGCCAUCGGCAUGAAAUACCUGGAGGAGAAGAAUUUUGUCCACCGCGACCUUGCCGCUCGGAACGUUCUACUGGUCAACCAACACUAUGCCAAGAUCAGCGAUUUCGGCCUUUCCAAGGCGUUGGCUGCCGACGACAGUUACUAUCUGGCCAAAACCACAGGGAAGUGGCCACUGAAGUGGUAUGCCCCGGAGUGUAUCUUGUACCGGAAGUUUUCAAGCAAAAGUGAUGUCUGGAGUUACGGUGUGACCAUGUGGGAGGCCUUCAGCUACGGGCAGAAACCCUACAAGAAAAUGAAAGGACCUGAGGUUAUGGCUUUCAUAGAGGAAGGCAAGAGGAUGGAAUGCCCACCCAAGUGUCCACCAGAGAUGUACAAACUGAUGCAACAAUGUUGGACAUUCAAGGUGGAAGACCGGCCUGAUUUCGUCACGGUGGAGACCCUCAUCCGCACUUACUACUACAGCAUCGCAGCCAGGACAGAAGAAAGCUUGGAAGAGGGGGCUAAAGUCACCCCAGCCUAGCUUAAGUGACCCACCUGUUGGGCACUGCUGGGUUUGGGAUGACAGGCUGGGCUGCAAGAUUAUUUCUGGCUCCAAAUAGCUUCUUGUUUCUAUUGGGAGUCUCCCCUCGGGCCUGCUGGUUUGAGUUCAGGGGUGUUCACACUGUAUUUCGAAAGCACACACAUCACAACUUAACAGGGGUACCUAUUAAAAGAAUCUAGCACAAACUGUCUGGGAAGCCAAAGAAAGGUGCAAAGGACCUUGUCAUGGUAGCAAAGCCCUAGUAGUACCAAGCGCUGCAAGUUUAGAAGGCACCAUACGCUGUCUAGCAUAUUUUCACAAGCAUGAGAACUAGAAGCUUGGCUUGUGUUUAAAAUGAAACAAAGAAGGUUGGAUCCUGGGACAAGCAGUAUGAUGCUCUGCACACAAGGACUGCACAUGCCAAAGCUUACCCAAAGGACCAACGGUGCAAUAAGUGAGAUCUGAUUUGUGCAAAGAUCUAUUUUUCUUACAAGCGGAAGUCCUUCACCAAAGUUCUUAUUUUCUUGCUGAAGCUGAGACAGGGAAUCCUGACUUCUUAUAGCUUUGCAAAAUGGCUUGAAAAUAAAUUGUUGUUGUUUUUUAAAUUAAACCUGUGUAGCAUUCUAAGGAUCCCCUUAUAUAGCUGGGAUGCAGAAAUCUCAUGGGUUUCACUCUGUGCUGGAAAAAGAUGCUGUUCUUUCAUCUAAGCACAAAUGUUUUAUGAAUAGGAAAAGAAAAGGUUUGAUUCUGUUCAGCAUGGUUUGUGGACACACCCUUAAAUUCCAAGCAUAGCUGCUGAAUCAGGGGCUCCUUUCCCAUCAGCAAUACACGCCCCUUUCCAAGAACCAAAGCAAUUGCAAAUUAAACUGCCCAGAGAACCUUCAGGUUAUGGAGUGGUAUAGAAAGGGAAUUAAUUAAUUAAUUAAUUAAUUAAUUACAAAGGCAUACCUAGCAACAUCCUCAGAGCCAUUCAGGGCCAAUUUGGGGAGGGCCAACUUGCGGGGGCAGUGAUUGCUUUGCGUCCCUUGCAAAGCCCUGUUCACCUCAUGCCAAGACCUGCUUAUUUCUUUCUGUCUGUCUGUCUGUCUGUCUGUCUGUCUGUCUUUCUUUCAAGUUUUUAUGCAUCAUCCCAAUACUAAAGCCUCUGGACAGCUUACAAAAAUUUCAAAAUUGUAAUUACAAAUUACAGUUUUUUAUUCUUACAAAAAUUAAUUGCAUUUACAUUCUGUACCCAGAGCUGGAAUGCCUCUGUGAGCAGCUUACAAUAAGUAAAACAACAAUAAGACACCAAUUAAAAGAUAGAAUUCAAUGAAGACAAUAAGCACAAACCAGUAAAAGUAAGACCUC